AUGCGGCCUUUCGCAUAUAGAAAGUCUCCCAAGGGGCGUUAUUUCCGCGGACUCAAAGUCUGCUUGGUUACAAAGGGCACAAAUAUGCAAACUGUGCUUAAUUCCAUCAAGCCGUGGGAAAAUUGCAGACAAUAUCCGAACAUCACUUUCCACGUGGUGUUAGAUUCCGCCGAAGAUGGUCUCCAGGCCGAACUUCCUGAUUUUGUCAACCUGGUGAGUGUACCAGCCUCAUUUCAACCAGCCAAUGCCAAAUACAAAGGACGAGCGUUGGAAUGGUGUCGACUGUACUGGAAGCUAUCCGAGCUUGAUUGGGUACUUCAUCUGGAUGAAGAAACCGAGAUCGAUGAAUACCUGGUGAAAGCGUGCUUUGACUUCAUUGAGCGAGGAACGGAGGAUAUCGGGAUGGGAACAAUCUACUACACAGCGCACAAUUAUUGGAAGAACCCAUUCCUGACCACUGCUGAAGUUUUCAGAGUCGCAGAUGACUUUGGCCGUUUCCAACUUCCAGUCCGACUUUUCAAACGUCCGUUGCUUGGCUGGAUGCAUGGCUCUUUUAUAUUGAUCAACGGUGCUGUAGAAAACAAAGUCACCUGGGCCACUGGGUGUCUUGCCGAAGACUUUUGGUUUGCUUUCCACGUAUGUGAUCUGACCACAUCAACAAAGGACUUGCUAAUCUCGAAAUACUCGACCGAGCAGGCCGCACGGCAGGGAUUCAAGUUCGGUUGGAUUCACGCCAUCGCACGAGAACAGCCUCCCGUCAGAGUCUCAGACUUGAUCAAACAACGUAGGAGGUGGUACACCGGGAUCAUGUCUAUAGAUAGUGGGUUGGUUAAGUUGGUUCUCGCGGUUCCUAUGAUGGGUCCGUUAGCUUAUGCAAGUCUAAAUUUAUAUACAUUCAUUAGCGGAUGGCAUAUCUCGGUUUCGCAUUGGUUCUUCGUGUGGAAUAUGUGCAACUUCGCUGUGGACGCGCAUGGUCUUAUCGUGGGGAGUGUGCUCCAGGACUUACACCUUGGUGACACCUCUCUGGGUGGUUUGGUUCUGCAUGUCAUUUUGACAUUGCUUUGCGCACCAUUUGUACAGUUUGCGCAUUCAAUCAUCUUCUUGUCGGCAUUGAUUUGGCCCGCAAGCAAUUUUGUGGUGAUCAAAAAGGUAUAG